CCAAUAUAUGUAUUUUCUCAAUAUAUAGAAAUCUGUUUUUGUCUUUAACACACAUUAGCUCUUUGUUGGCACUUUGUCUUUCUUCAUUCUGUAUUGUUUUGUUGAACAGUACAACAAGCCAGUCAGAUUUUUCAUUCUUUGUAUUUUGAUUGGAGACUCAGGGCCAAUAUUAGGCUUCAUUUAUGGGUUUCCCUUGUGGCUCAACUGGUAAAGAAUCUGCCUGCAAUGCGGGAGACUUGGGUUCGAUCCCUGGGUUGGGAAGAUCCCUUGGAGAAGGGAACGGCUGCCCACUCCAGUAUUCUGGCCUGGAGAAUUCCAUGGACUGUACAGGACUGUAUAGUCCAUGGGGUCGCAAAGAGUCAGACACGACUGAGAGACUUUCACUUUCAUGGGCCAUAAGGGAUGUUUUCUUAUAGUUCACUCUUCAUUUUGAUUGGCUCUGCCCCUCCUUGUACUAGCUGUUAAGGAUGUGGAAUAUCACUCCUGGACUGCAAAUAAGUGGAACUGAGUCAAGCUUUGGAAUCAUCCUGAAGAUUUCUGCAUCCCUACCUAUCUGAUGCAUUAAAAUGAUUCCUGCUUCCCCACAUCCUAGUUUUGUUAAGUUCUUUAAAUCUUCAAGGCCCCUGGUAUCCUUCCAAUACUGUAACUUCGAAGUUAAAGUCAUCUUUUAUUCUCAUGUUGAAAUUGGUACUAAAGGGUGAUUCUCAGAACUACAGAGAAGCUGGUAUGGACUAGUUGAAAGAGAUCAAAAGGGAAACGAAAUCCCAUGUUUUAUUAGGAAGGAAUACUCGUGAUACAGCAGGAUCACAAGCCCACGGUGCACAGGGUCUGGAGAGCUCUUAGCAAAAACUAACGGCGAUGAGAUAUGCUGGCUCUAAGGGUAAAUGUGAUGCUCUUUUACAAGUGAAUUAGAUAAUUAAAGUGAAACGUCAGUUCUUCGACCUGUGAGGGCUAAGUCGCUUCCGUCGUGUCCGAAUCUAUGCGACCCUAUGGACUGUGGCCCUACAGGCUCCUCUGUCCAUGGGAUUCUCCAGGCAAGAAUACUGGAGUGGGUGGCCCCAGGGGACCUUCCCAAUCCACAGAUCCAACCGGUGUCUCUUAUGUCUCCUGCAUUGGUAGGCGGGUUCUUUACCACUAGCGCCCCUUAGGAAGUCCUCUUCAAUCUGCAGACCUUUGGAAAUUACCUGCCUCCCCUUGCCCCCGACCCCAGCCACCACAAAGGUAUACACAGUUAUAAAGCAUCAGGAGAAAUCUGAAAUCUCCAAUCGCGUCCUAUCCUGGAGGCUCCGCCCACUUCGUACACCAUCCUCCGGCUCCAAGCGCCUGCGCGCUCCAUGCACCCUGUGACCCCGCCCACUAUCGACCACCGCUACCCCGGCCUCAGCUCGCUGAGCCUGACAGCUGCGCCUGCGCACUCCGAGCCCAGCCACGGUUCCCAGAAGCCCCCGGGACUCCGCUCCCUUCCUGGAGCGUGUACUAGAACGAAUGAAGGAUUUUACGUGGCUGAGAGCUGGAAGCGCCCCCGGAGGAGACCAUCCCACUCCAGUCCAGCACGCCCGACUCUCCCCCCGAAAGUUCGGUGUGGCCCAAAGCCUUGGAAUCUUGGGAAGGUGCCCGGUCGGGGCACCUUCUUGCCUGAAGCUUUUCUUGCCUGCCCGCCCGGAGGAUGUGGAAAUCGGGACACCAUACAUGUCCACGGGCCUGAGUAUGGAGCUCUGCCCUCUCGGGGUAAAGCCCUUCUCCACAUGAGGAGCCAGGAUGAAGAGGUGAUGGGAAUUGAACUUCUUAAAGCCAUGUCCCUGAAUGCAGUGACUUUCACGGAUGUAGCCGUCGACUUCUCCCAAGAUGAGUGGGAACGGCUGACUCUUGCUCAGAGGACUCUGUACAAGAAAGUGAUGUUAGAGAACUACAGCAACCUGGCUUCACUGGGUCUUUGCAUUUCUAAACCAGAUGUGAUCUCCUCACUGGAGCAAGAUAAAGAGCCCUGGACGAUGAAAGGAGAGUUGACAAGAGGCCCGUGCGCAGACUUGGAGUAUGUGUGGAUGAAAAAGGAAUUAUCUCUAAACCAGGACAUCUAUGAGGAACAAUUAUCUCAAGCAAUGAUAAUGGAAAGACUUACAAGCUAUGACCUUGAAUGUUCCACAUUAGGGGAAAACUGGAAAUAUGAAGACCUGUUUGAGAGGGAGCUGGUAAGUCCAAAGACACAUUUUAGGCAAGAGACAGUCAGUCAUAUAGAUACUCUUAUUGAGAAAGGAGACCACUUUAAUAAAUCUGGGACAAUUUUUCAUCUGAAUACAUUAUGUUAUAUAAAACAGGUAUUUCCCAUCAAAGAGAGAAUAUGUAAUUUUGACACAGAUAAGAAAAGCUUAAAGACACAUUCCUUUGUGCAAAAAGACAAGCAGGUCUAUGGAGAAAAGAAACUUUUGAAAUGUAAUGACUGUGAGAAAACUUUCAGCAAAAUCUCAACUCUUACUCUCCAUCAGAGAAUUCAUACUGGAGAGAAACCCUAUGAAUGUCUCGAAUGCAGAAAAGCCUUUAGCCAGAGUGCCCACCUUGCUCAACAUCAGAGAAUCCACACAGGAGAAAAACCCUUCAAAUGUACCGAGUGUGGAAAAGCGUUCAGCCAGAAUGCCCAUCUCAUUCAACAUCAGAGAGUUCAUACUGGAGAGAAACCUUAUCGGUGUCAGCAGUGUAACAAAGCCUUCAGCCAGCUGGCACAUCUUGCCCAACACCAGAGGGUUCACACUGGAGAGAAACCCUAUGAGUGUAUCGAAUGUGGGAAGGCCUUCAGUGACUGUUCAUCCCUGGCUCAUCAUCGAAGGAUUCACACUGGCAAGAGACCCUACAAAUGCAUCGACUGUGGGAAAGCCUUCCGGCAGAACGCUUCUCUUAUACGUCAUCGAAGGUACUGUCACACUGGAGAAAAGCCCUUUGAUUGUGUUGACUGUGGGAAAGCUUUCACCGAUCACAUAGGACUUAUCCAGCAUAAGAGAAUUCACACUGGAGAGAGACCCUACAAAUGUAAUGUGUGUGGAAAGGCUUUUAGCCAUGGCUCGUCCCUGACCGUCCAUCAGAGAAUUCAUACAGGAGAGAAACCCUAUGAAUGUAGUGUCUGUGAGAAAGCCUUUAGCCAUCGUGGCUCGCUCACUCUUCAUCAGAGAGUCCAUACUGGAGAGAAACCCUAUGAAUGUAAGGAAUGUGGGAAAGCUUUUCGGCAGAGCACGCACCUUGCCCACCAUCAGAGAAUCCACACUGGGGAGAAACCUUACGAAUGUAAGGAAUGCAGCAAAACCUUCAGCCAGAAUGCCCAUCUCGCACAGCAUCAGAAGAUACACACUGGAGAGAAACCAUAUGAAUGUAAGGAAUGUGGUAAGGCCUUCAGUCAGAUUGCUCACCUUAUUCAGCACCACAGAGUUCACACUGGCGAGAAGCCUUAUGAAUGUUUUCAGUGUGGGAAGGCCUUCAGUGAUGGCUCCUAUCUUGCCCAACAUCAGAGACUUCACACUGGCAAAAGACCCUAUGCGUGUCUCGAAUGUGGGAAGGCAUUCAGACAGAGGGCAUCCCUGAUCUGUCACCAAAGGUGUCACACGGGCGAGAAGCCUUACAAAUGCAACCUCUGUGGGAAAGCCUUUAGUCAUCGUAAAUCCCUUACUCUUCAUCAGAGAAUUCACACAGGAGAGAAGCCUUACGAGUGUAAGGAAUGCAACAAGGCCUUCAGCCAGAUUGCCCAUCUGACGCUGCACAGGAGAAUUCAUACUGGAGAAAGGCCGUAUGAGUGUAAAGCAUGUGGAAAGGCGUUUCGGCAGACUGUACAUCUUGCUCACCAUCAGCGAAUUCAUGCUGGAGAGUCAUCCGCGAGCGCCUACGGCUGCAGCGAGUGCGGCAAGGCUUUCUGCCGCAGCUCGUCGCUGACGAAGCACCAGCGCAUCCACACCGGCGAGAAGCCCUUCCGGUGCGACGCGUGCGGGAAGCAGUUCCUGGAGCGCUCGUCGCUGGCCGUCCACCGGCGCGUGCACACGGGCGAGAAGCCGUUCGCCUGCGGGGACUGCGGCAAGGCCUUCAGCCAGCGCAUGAACCUGACGGUGCACCGGCGCACGCACACCGGCGAGAAGCCCGGCGCGUGCGGCGCGUGCGGCAAGGCCUUCCGGAAGACCUCGUCCCUGGCGCAGCACGAGCGGGUGCACACGGGCGAGAGGCCGUUCGCGUGCGCGGAGUGCGGGCGCGCCUUCAGCCAGCGCAUGCACCUGACGGAGCACCGGCGCACGCACACGGGCGAGAGGCCCUGCGCCUGCGGGGACUGCGGCCGCGCCUUCAGCAGGAGCUCGUCGCUGACGCUGCACCGGCGCAACCACAGGGGCGAGAGGCCGUACGCGUGCGGCGAGUGCGGCAAGGCCUUCACGAGCUCCUGCCUGACCCAGCACCAGCGGCUGCACGUCGGCGAGAAGCCCUACGCCUGCCCCGUCUGCGAGAAGCACUUCACGGGCCGCUCGUCGCUGGUGGUGCACCAGGUGGGCCACACGGGCGAGAAGCCCUAUGUCUGCGGCGAGUGCGGGAAGGCCUGGCAGAGCGCCUGCCUCGUCGAGCACCAGCGCAUCCACACGGGCGAGAAGCCUCGGCGCGCGCAGAGCGGCAAGGCCUUCAUCAAGAACUCGCUCACCGUGCACCAGCGGACCCACACCGGGGAGAAGCCCUGCGCGCGCGGCGAGUGCGGGAAGGCCUUCGGCCGGAACAACCUCACGCGGCACCUGAGGGUCCACAUCUAGGGAGGCUGGGGCCCCCCAAUCUGCACCAGGUGAACAGGGUCCUAGGAUCGGAGUCUCCGCCAGGUGGGCGGGUCCUUAGCUUGACUCUCCACCAGGUGGGCGGGUCCUUACCUCGGCUGUAAGCGGGGGCGCUAUGACUUGGGGGCCCAGGGUGGCGCAGCCCCACAGAGUCUUAGGGUUCGGGGAUCCAGGACAGGCUCCCGGUUUAUGCGCGCUACUUGGCCCGGCGUCCUCAUCUCUGUACCAGAAGGCACGCUCCUCCCUGCCCAGUGUACUGGGAACGCUGCGAAGUUGGAUGUGGCUGGAAACUCAGGGGAGCACCAGGAACCCGGGGCGCCGGAGUUCCAAUCCGAGCUCUCAGUAAAUAAGCGCCGGGCUGGAGCGUCUCCAGCCUCCGGUCUCCGUUCUGAUAGUACGGUGGGGAGGGGCGUGGAGGAGGCGUCUGGAUAAGAGCGUGGGGACUUUUCUCCUCUUGGCACACACACCCGCGGUCUAGCCCUAACCAGGUGGUCACCGUCUGUGAGUUCCCUAAGAUCUAGAGGGGGACCCUCCAUCCUUCCACAUCCCAGCCCCGCUGCAGCCUCGCUGAACCGUCCUGGAAGACCCCACCCCACUCCAAGCUAACAAGUGGUAGAAGAUGGCAAGUUAUUCGUGAGGCGGGAAAGUUUUUUAUUCAGAGUUACCAAUAACAGUAACUGCUUCAGAUGCCAAAGUUUCUCAUGGUGGUCUGUUCAAAAUCUUUUUAAUAAAACUUUUCACGAAGCAA